UUCAUCGAGUGGCCCCAGCAGCCUGCCCAGGCCCCUGCCCAGAACCUUCCACCCCAGCCAUGGCUCUGCUACCUCUCUCCUGGCUGCUCCGCGUGGCUGCCCUCUGUCAUCUGAUCAUCCUGCUGGCUGGUGAGUGGGGCCUGGACUUGGGACAGCACCAUGGUGUGAAGAAAUGCCAAAAUGAGUGCAGCCAGUUGACCAGGAAACCAAUACCAGUGGCUUUGCUCGUUGGCUAUGAAAACACCCAGAAGUCGUGCAGCAGGCAUGCCAUCAUCUUCAAGACCAAACAGAGCAGAUCCUUCUGUGCUGAUCCAAAUCAGAAAUGGGUCCAAGAAACUAUGGCACGUCUAGACAGCAUGACUGCUGCUCCGACUCAAAGUGCUGGCAAAUUUGAGAAGCAAAUUGGUGGUUCUACGUCCAGAACCACUCCAGCCACCAGGAGAAUGAAUGAGUCUGCAGUCCUGGAGCCUGACGCCACAGGGGGAAGCCAUAGUCUGGGUACGACUCCUUCCCAGGAGGCAGUCGGGACCUUAGGAACUUCCCCAGACCUGUCAAUGGGAGUGGCUGGUUCCUGGGCCACCAGGUUCCCUACUUCAAAGGCUCAGGAUGGGGGACCUUCAGCCAGGCCUAUGGGCACUGAGUCUUCCUCCAUGGCUGCAGUCUCCACUGCCACAACUUGGCAGAGUUCUGCUGCCUACCCACCUGGGUCUGGUCUCUGGACUGAGAGAAUGAUCUCUGAGGGCCCCUCCACUCAGGCCCCCUCCACCCAGGCCCCCACCAUUUCCCACCCAGACCUUGAGGAGAACACUGGCUCUGAAGACCAACUCGUGUGGACGGAGGGACAGAGCCCCAUUCCAGCUUCCACAGAUGCUUUCCAGGACUGGGGGCCUGGCGCUGUGGCCCAUGAUCCUGUGGUCCCUGUUUCUUCUGAAGGGAUCACCAACAGGGAGCCAGUGGCCUCAGGCAGCUGGGUCCCCAAGGCAGAGGAAACCACUGGGGACCCCCAGAGUCUGCGUGUUCUCAUCAGUCCUGCCCCUGACCCUCAGGCAGCCACCCGGAGGCAGGCGGUGGGGCUGCUGGCCUUCCUCGGCCUGCUCUUCUGCCUGGGGGUGGUCAUGUUUGCCUACCAGAGUCUCCAGGGCUGUCCUCGCAGAGUGGCGGGAGAGGUGGUGGAAGGCCUUCGCUAUGUUCCCCGGAGCUGUGGCAGCAACUCCUAUGUCCUGGUGCCAGUGUGA